UCAGGGCGAUGGAAGAGGCUUCUCAGCCAGCGGGUGGUUAGGCCUCAGCAGCUCGGGAGCAGCUCAAGCUGUUCUGAGAAAUCUCCAUGGAGACUGUGACAAAAAGAGCGGGGUCGGUGGAGCUGCUGUUCUGGAGCCGGAUGCUAGGCCGAACCCUCCCCCCCUGCUUCCCCCGCCGCCAGCACGUGCGCAUCCUCAGUUUCUGCUCGCGACCUCGCCGUUCUCUGUAUGACAAAGAACCUAGCACCCCCUCCUAGGCAGGGAACAGAUAAAGAGCUUAUAGACUGGCUACAACUGCAAGGAACAGAUGCAAAUACAAUUGAAAAGAUUGUUGAAGAAAAUUAUACACUUUCUGAUAUUCUUAACGAUAUCACUAAGGAAGACUUACGAUGCCUUAGACUACGUGGUGGUGUCUUCUGUCGUCUGUGGCACGCAGUCUCCCAGCACGCAGUCUCCCAGUACAGAAGGCAGGCUCAGGAGUCCUCAGCGACAGAGGACUAGGCUUAAUCACACUCAGCUAAGCCGGGAGGACACAGUGAGCACAUAUCUUCCUGCUUGUGGUUAAAGCUUCUUCUGUACAUGUAUACACAAAUUCUGCUCAGUUUACAUAAGAAAAAGAUGUGUUCAAUUAAUUCAAGGAUCUGGUGAAGUUUGUCAUUUUUUUGUGUCAUUUUUUAAAACCUAUUAUUUAUGAAUGUUUUAAAGAUUAUAUAGAACUGUAUGUAAUGUGAAUAGUGAGCUUUAGUUUUGAUAUCCUAGAGUAUUAGGAGAAUCUCAGAAAAAGAGACUCAGCAUUCUGUUAUUUUAAAUACAAUGGUAGUUUAAAAUGAGACAGGUGUUGUAGGGUAAGCAUUAUUAACUAGUAUAGAACCUAAAUGUGAUAGGACUGUAACCACUGAUGUGUAAAUGGAGAAAACUAGUUGUUUGGCCUUUCACCUGUUGCCUGGUUAUAAUAAUAAAAAAAAUAUGAAGAAA